AUGACUAUCUACAACAUAUAUAUUUUUGAUCAGAUGGGUACAAUAUUGUAUCAGACAAACUGGAAUCGUCUUAAACAAUCGGGCAUGAGUAGUGAAGAAGAAGCCAAAUUGAUGUAUGGUAUGUUAUUUUCUAUCAAGUCAUUUGUUUCUAAAAUAUCACCACUUGAUCCGAAACGUGGUUUUUUGUGUUACAAGACUAGCAAAUAUGCAUUACAUUAUUACGAAUCUUUAACUGGUAUUAAAUUUAUUUUAAAUACCGAUAUCACGAUAAAAAAUGUCAGAGAUUUGUUACACCAAUUAUAUAAAGAAAUUUACGUGGAAUAUGUUGUAAAAAACACUGAAUGUGAAAUGGGAAAACCUAUUGAAAGUGAAUUAUUCAAAUUGAAACUUGAUCAAUUUAUAAAACAGCAUAUGAAAAGUUUACAAUAA